AUGGCAGAGAAGGAGGUCACAACCGGACUUAUCAAUCAACUCCUUCAAGGAUACAGCGAGUUUGGAUGGGAAGUGAGAUCUAUUUUGCGUGCUGCAUUUAAAAAGUUGGGUGAGCUUGAAACAAGAAACGACACUAUUGACAUAAUCAUGCAGGCCUUGAGCAAUCCAACAAAAACUAUGAAAGAGGCUGCUUGUGAAGCACUAGCUCAGAUGGGCCACAAUGCAGCAGCAAAGCAUGUGAUCGAUGCACUCGUUGCGACACUGCGGGAUCCCGAAGCGACUGUGAAGCGUGCUGCUUGGCAAGCACUAGCUAAAAUAGAAGAUUGGUCGGUACGAGACGAUGCUAUGGAAGUAGCUAUGCAAGCGAUGCGGGAUGAAGAUCAACACAUUAAAGAAGUCGCGUGCCAAAUACUAGCCCAAAUGGGAGCAAAAGCAGCGACUAAAGACACAAUGGAUGCUGUCAUGGAUCUUGCACGUGGGCAUUGCUAUUUCACUGAACGUAGUGCAUGUGACACAUUAUUAACGCUAUGGACAUAUAUGCCAAAGGAAGACACCCGCAAUGUACUCAUAAGCGUGUUGCAAGGUUCGCACAACGACAAGUUGAAAUGUGCCGCCUGCAAAGCACUAAAAGUGGUAGUUAAUGGCCCCAUGAGUGAAGAACUCGCCGAUUUAUUGAUCAAAUCGCUGUCCAGUAAGGAAGAUGAUGUGAAAAAAGCUGCUGUUGAGGUAUUUGCGAGUUUGGAUGAAACCUGUGCGACUGUGGACACCGUCAACGCACUCAUCGACGCUUUACAAGACUCUGGUGAGUGUCUCGAACGACCCAUUCGCGAUGCACUCAUAGGCAUCUACGAGAAAACAACGAGUCCGCAUAUCAUAAGUGCUAUUCUCCAGAGGCUACGAAGUUCUGAUAAGCAAGUCAGAGAUCUUGUCCGCAGAAUAUUUGCAUGGAGUGGUGUUAAAACAGCGUCGGACGGCGCCAUUGAUACGAUCGUCGAAAUAUACCGAGAUUCAGAUGAGAAUACCGGACGAAUGAUGCGUGAAGCAUUCUCACGCAUGAAAAUGCCCGCAACAACAAAAGAUUUCAUGAACUCAAUCAUAGAAGUAUUUCGAGAUCCUGAUGAGGACGUGAGACAACUCGGAUUUGAAAGGCUUUUAAAAAUGAACAAGGAAAUGGUGACCAAAGAUCUCGUCGAUAUGCUCAUCGAAACUAUGCAGCACGCUGACUGGCCAUUGAGAGAAGCUGUAGCUGAAAUUUUUGGUCGCUGGCAAUUUGUGAAGUUCGAUUCGAAUCAAAUAAACAACAUAUUUAACCCAACUGGACAGGUCAGUGAGGCCAGUUUGAGAGUGCUGCUAAUGUCCGAGAGUUCAUGGGGUGAUAUGAGCGAACAACAUAUCGUCCAGCUGAGAAAUGGUGUGCUCUCGAAACCUUUCUUUGCCUACGAACACAUUCCAGCCAAUAAAUUAAUGCAAAUUUGGUUGGCAGAUCCGCGUGGUGAAUGGAUUCCACUGUUGGUUCAUUCUGCUCUUGUGCAGAGUACAGCGAUUGUCCGAAUUGAAAAUGACGUGAUUCUCUACAACGUACGCAGCGGAGCGAUACGUCAGCCGGUGGAUGAACAGAAAUGGCCGUGUUUCUUGCAAUCUGUUCGUCAGUGCUUAACGGAAAUGGGUUUGUCCAUACCAAAUUCAAAUUAA